AUGCCCUCCGAGUCGUCUCCCAAAAAACUAUCCAAAGAGAGUCUUCUUUCAACGGAGCCACUUAAUCCGACAGAGGCACAAUGGAUUCGGCUGAUUAAAUCGACAUAUACGGAUCCAAACGGUGUGACGAGGACGUGGGAAUCUGCCGAGAGACGGACGAGGCCUAAAAACUGCCCCAUCGAUGGGGUUGGCAUAUUCACUGUUUUAGCCAAACCUUCAGGCCCAGAACUACUGCUACAGAAGCAGUAUAGGCCGCCCAUCGACAAGGUGGUCAUUGAAGUUCCCGCUGGUCUUAUUGAUGAAGGCGAAACUCCCGAGGAAUGCGCAGUCAGGGAACUUCGAGAGGAGACGGGGUAUGUUGGCGUUGCGGAGGAGAAGAGUCCAAUUAUGUAUAAUGACCCAGGCUUCUGCAACACAAAUCUGAACAUGGUCCAUGUUCGCGUCGACAUGUCUCUACCAGCGAACCAGGACCCGAAGCCCCAACUGGAAGACAACGAAUUCAUCGAGUGCUUUAGUAUCCCGCUCGCCUCGUUAUAUGAGGAGAUUAAACGCCUUGAAGGGGAAGGUUAUGCGAUUGAUGCCCGAGUUGGUACGUUGGCGGAGGGCCUGGAGGUGGGAAAGAAGUUGGGUUUAGGGCUUGGGCUUUAA